GCAUGUGAAACCCUAUCACUUAAGAGUGAUGACCACAGCACUCCAACACAUUGAAUCAAGAGCUCUCUACAUGAUAACAACACUGAAUAUUCCAGAUACCAUUGAGAAAGCAGACAGGCCAUUGAGUUGUGAAGAAAUUAAAACAAUCAUUGAUGAAGAGAUGGGUUAUGAUCCUUUAGACACGUCAUACUUGUGUCAUAUAUUACAUGCAGCUCAUUUUGAUCUCCUCUCAGAGACCAGUGAUGACAAGUACAGUCUAACCCCAUCAGUCAGUACCUCACUGCUAACCAUCCUAAGAGUUUUAAGGGAUUUGUUAAAUUAUACUCAGGUGAUGAGUCAUUGAUAAUCAGUACUGCUCUCUCUCUGAGUCUCUACAGUGGUAAUUCUGACUUUAAGGAAGUCUGAACAUUUAAAUACUGACCCUC